AAAGAAGAAGAAACAGAAAUUUUGUCAGUGAUAGAAAAAUCUCAGACUAUAGUUGUAGUGGGACAGACUCCUUAUGCUAAAUCUCGAAUUGUUAAUGAGCUAUUUUCAUUACAAAUUCUACCAUUACUAGAUAACAGUGUUCAGUAUCGAAUGGUGAGAUUUAAACAUGGUGAAACACAAUCUGUCAGUCUGGCCCUUCCUGAUGAUUACGACCUGGUGGACAAUCUCGAAGCAUAUAACAAUCCCUGGAAGACUAUUCCAAGACAAGACCUAGAGCUUGAUGCUAAGGACAAAGAUGACUAUGCUAAAGAUUCUGCUGUAUUAGAAGUUUCUUUGAAUCAUCCUUUGCUUCGAUUUGGAUCAACUUUGGUCAUGUCUCCAUCUCGAGAUGAAACUGCUGAAGAAUGUCUUAAGGCCUGUAUGGAAAAUGUUAUGCCGGUACUUAUUUACGGUUUUGUUACCGAACAACUCCAUGACAAGGAUAUUGAAGAACUAAGUGAUUUAGCCAAAAUGACAAAUUUUCAACCUGUGUGCUUUGUUCGAGUUCCUCCUCCAGGUUCUAAAACAGUUGAUACAGAUCCUCCAGAUGGGGCACCUGAUGUACCUGGUCGUUCGAGUCUAAACUUUCAGUUGUCAGAUUCAAAAUUACAAACGUCCGGACGAUCUUCUAUGCAAAGCAUAUUAAUCGAACAAUUUCAAAAAUUUCCACAGAAGUUUUCCUCUUUUACAAGACAAAUUUUGAAGCGUUUUCUAGUCAAUGCGGCUACUGUUUUAAAUAAUUCUCAUAAUAGAUGUUUGAACAUGUUUAUACUAUCAGCAUUUGAUAUGGCGAGGGACAUACUAAUUACACCCAAGAAGUUGGAAUUCGCUCGUGAAAAGGAGGAAGAACUAUAUAAGUCAUUGUUACAGAUUUCUGUGUCUAAGUUAGAGGAUGUUAAAGUGUUGAUAUCAGAGACAAUAAGUUCAAUGCAUAAUGAAUUAGUAGAACAAGCCAUGGAAUAUGAUUUUAUUGGUGUUGAUAUAGACGAUGAUGGUAAAAUUAACACUAUUAAAGGGUUAAAGAUAUGUACUGGUCAGAUACAGGAGCUAGUUCUAAAUAAAUUAAACCAUAAUAUAGCAGGCAAACUCAUUAGUUCUGUUAAUUUAUUACGAGAUUCUUAUACGGGUACCUUGACAAGAUGUCUAGAAAGUUUAGAAUGUGAAAGAGAAAAUUCAGAAGAGGCUAAAACAACAGAUGCCCUAAAACAGAUUUUGAAUGCAGCAUAUCAAGUUGAAAUUACAGUCAGAUCUAGUUCAUCUUUAAUUAAAGUUUUACUAGAUCGAAUGAAACAGCUAGUACGAUCAAUGCCAUGGAAUGCACCUCCUAAAAUUGAUGAUGAGUGGAAGAAAACGGUGGCAUCUGACAUGUUAAAUAGUCUAAGUGAAGCAAGACUUGCUAAAAGUAUUGCUGGACAAAUUAAAGACAGACUGCAAAAAUCACACGAAUCAUUUGGUGCAGCCUUGAAACAGUUAGAUCAACGCCAUACUGGUAGAUUAGAUAAAAUAGAGGACCAAAGAAUUAAACUAAGAAAAGUUCAUGCUCCUAAAGUGUCUAAGUUAGCCUUAGAAAGUACAUCUUUAAAGGAUCAUGUUUUACAUGGUAUGCCUCAGAUGGGUAGAGAGAUUGGUAGAGGACAGUAUGGUGUAGUAUAUGCUUGUGAGAAGUGGGCCGGACGACAUCCUUGUGCUAUUAAAUCAGUGGUACCACCAGAUGAAAAACAUUGGAAUGAUUUAGCUUUGGAAUUUUUCUAUAACAAGAAUAUUCCGGAGCAUGAAAGGAUUGUUGCUCUACGAGGAUCUGUUAUAGAUUAUCUGUAUGGAGGUGGAACCACACCUGCUGUUCUAUUGAUAAUGGACAGAUUACAGAAAGAUCUCUACACUGCUAUACAGUUAGGACUGGACUGGACCAGUAGAUUACAAGUGUCUAUGGAUGUUGGUGAAGGAAUUCGAUUUUUACAUGGACAGGGAUUAGUCCAUAGAGACAUCAAACUUAAAAAUGUUCUAUUAGAUGAACAUAACCGUGGUAAAAUAACAGAUCUUGGUUUUUGUAAACCAGAAGCUAUGAUGAGUGGUAGUAUUGUAGGAACACCAAUACACAUGGCACCGGAACUAUUCAGUGGACAUUAUGAUAACAGUGUAGAUGUUUAUGCUUUUGGUAUAUUGUUUUGGUAUGUCUGUUCAGGACAUGUACGUUUACCAUCAAACUUUGAAAAAUGUUCCAAUAAAGAUCAGUUAUGGACAUCAGUAAAGAAAGGUAUGUUUCUGUGUUUGUAA